UACAAACACACUCACAGAGAGCCGAGACACACAAAACAAAUCCCAAAAGACUCAGAGGAAGAAGAAGAAGAGCGAAACAAUGGCGUCGACGACUCUCUCAAUCGCAAGCUCAAUCCGUUCCUCAUCUCAUCUCACUUCCGCUUCCACCCAUCACUUCCCUUCCAAAACCACCGCAAUCGAGUUCCCAUUUCGCCUUGGAGGUGCUUCAACCCACCGUGCAAUCAACCUCCGUCCCAUCGCCGCCGUCGAAGCUCCGGAGAAAAUCGAGAAGAUCGGAUCCGAAAUCUCAUCCUUAACCCUCGAAGAAGCUCGCAUUCUCGUCGAUUACCUUCAGGACAAGUUCGGCGUCUCUCCACUCUCCUUAGCCCCUGCUGCAGCGGCUGUUGCAGCUCCGGCCGACGGUGGUGCGGCGGCUGUAGUGGAGGAGCAAACCGAGUUCGAUGUGAUUAUCAACGAGGUUCCUAGUAGCUCGCGUAUCGCAGUGAUUAAAGCUGUGAGGGCUUUGACUAGUUUGGCGUUGAAGGAAGCUAAGGAGCUUAUCGAAGGGUUGCCCAAGAAGUUUAAAGAAGGAGCGACUAAGGAUGAAGCUGAAGAAGCUAAGAAGACUCUUGAAGAAGCUGGUGCUAAAGUCUCCAUUGCUUAAGGUUUAAGGAUUUUUAAAAAUCGAUAAAAAUGUGAUUUUUUCGGAGUUUAUGAGUCAUUUUGUUGUUGUUUAGUAUAGUUUGCUUUUGGAAUUGUUGUACUUUGAAUCAAUUUGGUUUCCCAUUAACGGUAUAAGUUUUUCACAAGUUAUUCGUU